AUGGGGUCAUUAAAGCAACCAGAAACAUAUUCAAGUGGCCUAAGAAGACAUUUAAACAACAGUACAAGUAGUCUAGGCAGUGUGGGAGGGUGUCCGAGGAAGUUGAGCUCCAGUAGCACAAGCAGUAACGGUGGUGGCGUAGUAGAUUCGAACCAUCCACUGUUCUACAUCAAUGGUGAAGAUGAAGUAGUUGUUUCAAGUGGCAACCAUGGUGAUAUAUUGAGUCAGUCAGAAGGAGGCUAUCCUAGUGCCAGUGGUUCUCGGCUUCAGACGGGUUUGUCAUGUAAUAGAUCAUCUAGUCCUAUAACAAUGCAGUCAAACAGGGGUAGACAACCUAGUAUAUCAGAAUCACCAACAUGCGGAAGGUAAAUUAUUUCUGUUUAG